GUUGGAAGUACUUUUUUCACGCCAAAAGAAGAAGUCACGCCAAAUCAAAUGCUGGUAGCGAAAUCUGCUUAAUUUAGGUUUUGUGUUGUUUUCUGUAAUUUCCUGUAAAAUCAGUUAUAUUAAAUUGCUUUAUUUUUUAUACAAAACAAAGACCUAGGUCGUUCAAAAAUGUCAGCGGCACAUGUUAUCAAUGCAAAGAAGAGAACCAUUGACGUGUUCACAGAAACAAAAACAAACUUUGAGUCGCUCUUGCUAUCACCAAAGGUUUUGUCAGGUUUAAAGCAUGCUGGAUUUUGUCAACCAUCUCCUAUUCAAUUGGAAGCAAUACCGCUUGCAAAAUGUGGUUUAGAUUUGAUUUGUCAAGCAAAAUCUGGCACUGGCAAAACGUGUGUGUUUGCUGUCUGUGCUUUGGAGGCUGUGGAUGUGAAAUCACUUGCCACGCAGGUAUUGGUUUUAGCACCAACACGAGAGAUAGCUCAUCAAAUCUUCAGUGUUGUCUCCACACUCAGUGUAUCGAUGGAACACUUGCACUGUUCUUUAUUUAUCGGUGGUAUUCCUGUGGAAAAAGACAUUAAGAAUGCACAGUCAUGUCACAUAGCAAUAGGAACACCUGGACGUAUACGUCAACUUAUUCAAGAGAAACACAUCCGGACACAAUCCAUACGUUUGUUUGUGCUUGAUGAAGCAGACAAGCUAUUGGAAGAAGGUUCCUUUCAAGAACAGAUUAACUGGAUAUUUUCGACCCUGGGUACGCACAAACAGGUGCUAGCGUUAUCAGCCACCUAUCCGGAAUAUUUGGCUAGUUAUCUGGAAAACUACAUGCAGGAUCCAGUCCAUGUUAGAAUCAAUCCGAAGGAUGUAACAUUAAAAGGUAUUCGGCAGUAUUACAAACCAGUAUCAUUUCACCCUCUACCUCACAAAGCUUUUCAGGAAAAGUGCAGUGUCCUGCUUGAAAUAAUAAGGAAACUGCCAUUCCAGCAGUGCAUGAUAUUUUCGAAUUACCAAACCAGAGCGGAGCACUUGUGCAAAACAUUGAAUAAAGAAGGAUGGCCGUGUACGUAUAUAGCAGGUAGUCAAGUCCAAACUGCAAGAUUACAUGCGAUGAACCAACUGAAGAAUUAUAACUGCAGAAUCCUAAUCACUACAGAUCUGACAUCUCGUGGCAUCGAUUGCGACAAAGUCAACUUGGUGAUCAACCUCGAUUUACCCUGGGACACUGAUACUUAUCUGCAUCGGAUUGGUCGUGCUGGACGAUUUGGUUCGUACGGAGUCGCCAUUUCAAUCGUAACUGAAGGCGAUGAAUAUAAGAAAAUUUUCAAAAUAAGCCAUUCUAUUGGCAGGAAAAUAUCUCCUCUACCGGAAAAUGUAGAGAAAUUAAAUAACCCAGAAGUGGAGGAAAAACAAACCAUCAAAAUUAGUGAGAUUGAAGUGUUUAACGAAAGAGCUGACGAAAGUGAUGCACAACAAGCGAAUAUAAAGAAUCCAUCAAAUUGCAAUCACGACGAAAGUAAACUAACUAUUUCUAACGAACCGUCUUAUUUAGUAAGCCAUGAUAAUAUACCGUCUGGUACGACAGACAAACUGAUAAUAUCGUCUAGUGUUGAUAAAAACGACGAGGAUUCGAAAGUUAACAAAAGUAUUUUUGUUGAGGAGGAAGAACAUGCAGACGAAAAGGAAAACUUAAACUUUGAUAAAUCGAACAAAAUAGACGUCACAAAUAAUCACGUCAGUCAUGGCAAAAACGCAUCUCAUAUUGUCGACAAUCAUAUGGAAAACGGCGAUAUAUUUGCUGAAAAUAUCGAGAUUUCUUCACUUGAUUCCCCUGCCAAGGAUACACCCUUAGCCGAGUCAAAAUGUAAAAACAGUAGUGAAAACCAAUCAGAAACAUCAGAAGUACUGAAAUCUUCUGUCGGAGGAGAGACAUUAGAUAGAAACGAUUCUCAAUUAAAUUUGUCGCUAGAAGAAACACCCAACGACGAUACACUGCUUCCUGUCGUUCAAAAGAUGCCGUCACUUAACAAUGAAUGCCGUAAUAACACAACUAUAUCUCUUGAUUUGUUAAACGGAACGAACCUCAGUGGUGAGAAUACUCAGGCGCAAGUUAAACACAUCAGCACGGCAGAAUCUAGUUGUCUUAAGCAGACCGAUAAUUCACAGGAGUCCAAGGAAGGACUUGAAACCAUGCCUUAUCAAGACGCGAAGUUAAAAAAGCGUGCCACGCCAAAGUACGUUUCUUUAUUUAACAGAACUAAAAAGCCUUCUCAACGAAAACAGACGAAUAAAACGGUUCCGUCGAAUGUAAAUAAUACAGAGAGUAAUUCUUUGGCGGAACUAAACUCUACCAUUGAUGAAAAUAAAAACAUUGCAUGUUUCAACCCUACGGUGAAGACGACAUGUAAGGAUGAUGCAGUAGAGAAUAAUCCGAACGACACAAUAAAACAUCGGAAUAAGACAGACAAUGAGACAGUGAAACAUCAAGACGAGACUGUGGGACAUCAAAACGAGACUGUAAAUUCUAACAAGCGAAAAGAUACUCGGGGAUAUAGGUUUAACAAAAUGGCUGUCAAUAUGAGCAUGAUGGACUUGAAUAACGAAUCUAGAACAUUUGAUACACAAACACAGCAGCAGCAGCGACGUGAAGUUAUAUAUGCAAAGAAAUAUGAAAACAUACAAAGCUCUGAUGAUGUUGACAUCUUCCCUAAAAAAGUGAGCAGUGGGUUGGAGAGUUGUAGCAGCGAGGAAAUAGAGGAAAUUUGUAGCGAUCUUUCAGGAAACGAUUAUGAUAGUAAUGAUGAUUAUUUUGUUUCUUUAUCAUCCCGUAGCGAAUCCGAAUAUAAAUCCGAUUGCGGAUUCGAAUAUGAAUCCGAUUGCGGAUCCGAAUAUGAAUCCGAAAGUGAAUCGGAGAGUAGCGAAGAAGAAGAGGAAGAAUACGAAGAACGUUGUUUUCCGCGAAACGAGUUUUAUCACAAUACACAAAUUAGUUAUAAGCCUACUACUAACCAGAAUUUACAUAAAACGGGAACAUCUUGGAACCAUGACGUUUUUCUGAAAUGCUAUCAAAGAGCAUAUCGAAACCAUGUUGAACUUCUUCAGUGGCAAAAACAUGCAUCUGGUAGUCAUCUCUGGUAGAUGGUUUUUAUUGACGAUUUCAAACCACGCUUGUAGAAACGUAACAGAUUUAACAGAAUUGCAAACGUGAAUUAUAUACUUGAAUUUAUAUUUCAACUGUUCGUCUCUAUAUCAGCAUAUUUUUCACAUUUCCAGGAAAAAAAUGGAAAGAUUGUAGAUGAAAUCUUACCGAAAUAUACUAAGAUUAAUCCCCUAAUAUACCUUCUAAUACAAA